AUGGCGUCUUUCUCGCCGGCGGCGAGGGUUCUUGUCGUACUGCUCGCCACGCUCGGCUCCGCCGUAUCCAUCGCAUCAGCCUCCGUAGACGAUGCAGGAUUCUCGCCGGAGCACGCGCAGCCGCUCGCCGCUCCCGCCCCGUCGGCGUCUACCACCGUCCUUCCCCGCAAGGUCUUCCGCCCGGCAGCUGGGCAAGUGACAUGGGAAGACCACUUCCUCUCUCCCCUCGCAGCCACGGGCGUCGACGAGGUCCGGCCGCACCGCGUGACCACCGGCUGCGCGGGCGCUCAGGACAUCUCCAUCUCCCAGGGCUGGGGGACGGCGCUGCCCAGCGGGAUCCCGUCGUACACGGUGGAGGCGAUGAACCGGUGCAUCGCUGACGGCGGGGGCUGCGCGAUCGGCGGCAUCCACGGGCGGUGCGGGUGGUUCAGCUCCGUGACCCUGGUGGACCCGCGCAAGUUCCUGCGGCUCGCCUACGACGACUGCCUCGUCAACGGCGGCCAGCCGCUGCUCGCCGGCGAGACCAUCUCGUUCGAGUACGCCAACUCGUUCCCCUGCGAGCUCCGCGUCGCCUUCGCCUCCUGCGUCCACCCGCCCCCGGCCACCUCCCACUAG